GACCCCAAUUAAAUCUUUAUAGGUGCCCAUUUAAUGUCUUAAAAAAACAAGAGCAGUCACAAAUCUAGGGUAGAGCAUGAAGUUUUACUUUCACUUUCUAAAUUUCUGACACUCACAUGACUACCUUCAAGUGUCCAUAUAAAGCUAACUGAAAGAACAGAUCAAGCAUUCCAUGCUGUAACUUAUGCUGUAACUUCAUCUGCUCUCAGCUUUGCAAAGAUGACAGAUCCAGGAAAGAUUUCAGCUGUCUCUUCAGGGGAUUUUCAAACAACUAAGCCCAAGACUGUGUCUGACCAGGGAAAAGGAGAACCUGAAGAGGAAUAUGGACCCCAGCAAUACCAUCUGAUUCGAAGUGGUUUUGUCCAGCAGCUGAAAGAAAAAGGGGAACAGCCUUACCCACACAAAUUCCAUGCAGAUACUACACUUGCUGAAUUCCUUGCCCAAUUCAGCUACCUCGGAAAUGGAGAGCAACUUCCUGACAAACCGUUAUCUCUGGCAGGACGAAUUCAUGCCAAGAGAUCUGCUGGUGCAAAGCUCUUCUUCUAUGAUCUCCGGGGAAAUGGAUUUAAAUUACAAGUUAUGGCCAAUGCUAAAUUUUUUAAGUCUGAAGACCUUUUCACUAAGACCAUAGAUAAGCUGCGGCGAGGAGACAUCAUAGGAGUUUUGGGAUAUCCUGGGCGAACCAAGCAUGGAGAACUUAGCAUCAUAGCUACAGAAAUAACGCUGCUGUCACCAUGCUUGCAUAUGCUGCCUCAUCUUCAUUAUGGAUUCAAAGAUCAGGAAACCAGAUACCGUCAACGUUACCUAGAUUUGAUCAUGAAUGACUCUGUGAGGCAGAAGUUUAUUACCAGGAGUAAAAUUAUCACUUACUUACGAAACUUCCUGGAUGAUAAUGGAUUUCUUGAGGUGGAGACUCCCAUGAUGAACAUGGUAGCAGGUGGUGCAGCAGCCAAACCUUUUAUCACACAUCACAAUGACCUCAACAUGGACUUGUAUAUGAGGAUAGCUCCUGAACUAUACCACAAGAUGCUAGUAGUUGGAGGUCUGGAGAGGGUAUAUGAAGUUGGACGUCAGUUCAGAAAUGAAGGAAUUGAUCAAACCCACAAUCCAGAAUUCACUACCUGUGAAUUCUACAUGGCUUAUGCAGAUUAUAAUGAUCUCAUGGACAUCACUGAACAGCUGCUGUCAGGCAUGGUGAAGCAUGUGACAGGUGACUACAAGAUCACUUACCAUCCGGAUGGCCCUGAUGGAAAGGCAGUAGAAAUUGACUUCAGUCCUCCUUUUAAACGAGUGAAAAUGAUGGAAGAAUUGGAGAAAGUCAUCGGAGAAAAAAUGCCAGCACCAGAAAGUCUGGAUACUAAGGAAGCCCAACAGUUCCUUGACAAGCUAUGUUUGAAGAAGGGAAUCCAAUGUUCUCCUCCUCGGACUACAGCAAGACUUCUAGAUAAGUUGGUAGGUGAGUUUAUUGAAGUUUCCUGCAUCAACCCCACAUUCAUUUGCAACCAUCCCCAGAUCAUGAGUCCUCUGGCUAAAUGGCAUCGUUCAGAGAAAGGCCUGAGUGAACGUUUUGAACUCUUUGUGAUGGAGAAGGAGAUCUGCAAUGCUUACACUGAGCUCAAUGAUCCAGUGAGGCAGAGAGAGCUUUUUAAGGACCAAUCGAAGGCUAAAGCAGCAGGUGAUGAAGAAGCCAUGAGUAUUGAUGAAAACUUCUGCACAGCAUUGGAAUAUGGACUUCCUCCUACUGCUGGCUGGGGGCUAGGAAUUGACCGUCUUGCCAUGUUCCUCACAGACUCCAACAACAUUAAGGAAGUGCUGCUAUUUCCAGCAAUGAAGCCCGUUGAAAACAAACCUCAGUCAGAGAAACAAGAGAACUGAAGUGCAGUUUAGAGCUAAAGGGCGAAGAACUAACCUAAUAUCAGAAUUUCACAUGGAAAUUUCCAAGAGUGUUGAGACAAUGUGUUAAAGAAAAAUACAUUAAUACAGCGACUCUACUGCAAAAAUAUGGCAUUUUACUAACUAGACUCCCUUUACAAAAUGUGUCAUUAUGUUGUCAAAGUGCUGUAUAGGGACAAACCUUUUUCAAGGUAGAAUGCAGACUCAAGGUUAGCAGACUUAAUAUUAGAUAUGCCAGCUGCAUGUGCCUAAUGGUAUUCCUUUGCUGUGGAUAUCUGCUCUGUACUUGUACUGACAAUAAAACCCUUGGAGAGCAGGUCUCUUGUAAAUGUCAAUAUUGUGCCUGCUCACAAGAAUGGAACAGAUAGGCACAAGCAGGGAAACAUUAUAUGCAACUCUGAAGCUUGCACAUGAACAUUAUGUCUUAAUAGUUUACUUUUUAUUGCUGUCGUGAUAAUGUAAGAGUGAUUUGAAGAUUCUGCAAUAAAGCAGAAUGUUAAAAGUUGGGAAGAUGGUGUGAAAGAUGCUGACUGCAUUGCUUUCAGUGAAGUGACAUGAGAGAUGAAUUUGGACCAUUGCCUUUAUUCUUGAAAGUGACCCUUUUAAGAUUGACAAGCAUAUAUUUUUACCUACCAUUAAAGUUACCACAUAGUGGAAUCUCAGCUGCCACAAUUAUCCCCUAUACUUUGAAUAGGAGAGCUGUAGAAACAGCUGGCAAAAGUUCAGUUGAAUGGCUUCUGCUGUAGGUAAAAUUGAAUCGUGGGGUUCUUAGCCUUGACGAGCUUCCUUUAAGGAACAAAGGAAAUGAGUCCAAUUUCUAAGGAUAAGUCCAAUAAAGGAGAUUACUUCAACUACCUUCUCUCGCUAAUAUUGUGGGAUCAACAUGGCUACAACAAUCCUGCAAACAACUUAUUCUCUGUCAUUCCACUGAAGUUCACGGAUGUGAUUUUGGUUUGCUCAGUCUUGGUAGAUACUACUAAUCUUGUAAUCUGCCUCUUUUCUUCAACAUAACCAAACUCUAUUUCAUAUAACUAAGUAAAGACUAAAAUGCUUUAGUGUUAAUCAGAUUUGUAACAAUAGCUGUACACCUAUGAUUUGUGUCCAUUAUUUUCUAUUAGCAAUGUACAAUAUAUAUAAUUGUUGUGAGGAUGUGGGGUUGCUAUGUAUUAAUUCAUGAAUACCGUAUUUCCUAUAUGGCUGUGCAAUUGCUGUAAGGGAUGUUUUCUGUCCUGACAAGUGUUAAGUCAAAAGGGGCUAUCAGUUUCAUUUCCUGCUUGUUUUUGCUAUGACUAGACAGAAGAUACCUCCCAGUAAACCACUUCAGGAUUGUUAAGAGAACAGGGACCGGGCUAUUAACUGGGAAGACCUACCUGCCUUGGCUCUAUGUUAAGAGACUUCUCAUGCCUAAGUUUAAGGACUAGAAGGACCCUAAAAAAUUGGGAUUUGCAAAGGCAUUUAGCUACUUGACUUCCAUUUGUUAUUACCUAAAUACCUUUUUGAAUCCCACCCUUUGUCACUCUCUAGAAAGAGAAGUGGGGCGGGGAGUCAGUUUCAGGGAAAUGGCUACCAAAGACACUUUACAGAGGGACUCUGAAGAAGUUGGUCUUAUUUAGCUACCAAUACAGGAAUAGUAAGCUUGAGGUAGGUAAUCAAUUUAAAAACCCAUGUUCAGAUUGUACGGUCACUGUGUAUGUACCACUGGUCACAGCUCCCAUACCGCAGAACUGCAGGAACUGAGUUUAAACUGGGUUUGCUGAGCUAAUCCUGGUUAGUAAACAGGGAUCUGUAACACAGGUCCUGGUCUAGAAGUGGAGAAUCACACAACUAUAGCGAGAGAGAGGAGAAAUUUUGAGGCUUGUCACCUGUUGGGGUGCACUGAGACCCAGAGAGAGAUGGGGGUACAUCUAACCCUGAAACUGUGACAAGUGUAUAUAUUUCAAUAAAUAGAUACAAACAUGGAGAUAUUUUUUUGAAGUCCUGCCUGAGGUUUUGUUUUGCUGUGGAGUUUAUAUAUCAUGACUAUUAAACCCACCCUUUGUUAGCUGUGGACUUCAUAAAAAUAGCCACAUCUGUCAAUAGAUUUGUUCAGUAUCACUUUCUCUCUAUUUUAUUUACUUGAGACUUUCAAUCUGUAGUCAUGCCAAAAAGAAUAUAUACAGCUUCUGUAGGGAAAAAAAACUAAACAUUAAAUCAAUGGUUAUACCUCAACCCCUAAUUUGUUAAAAUAAAUCUUAAGAAAAUAGCACACCACUUAAUAAAUUCUGAUUUUUUUUUUCUCAUUAAACUACUUUGGACUUUAAAAAACCAUGAAGUAACAGCUUUAAAGAUAUGCAGGGGAUGCAUCUCCGGGGAUGCAUUCUUGGCUUCCUUUGCACAAGUGUGGAAUCCCUCAGAGCCUAGCUUUAUGUUCUAGUUUUUAAAUGCUGCUUUGGUAACACAUUUUUAUGCUGGACAAAAUGGACACAUUUUCCUGCACUUGAGUUCAAUAAACUGGCAUUUAUGGAGUA